UGUUGUUGUUCGUUCGUAAUUUCGUUUUCGUGUGCCGUGUGCCUGUGUGCUAUUGUGCAUCUGUACGAUUCGUCGUCAUAAUAAUAAUAAUACACCUCGUCAACCGGUGGUACAUUCUACAAUAAUAAUAAUAAUAAUAUUACAUUGUUUGCCGGGUGCAUUGUGCUCGCGUACGUCUAAGUGAAAAGCAAAAUAACCCGACGUGUGUUGCGCCCGUUUAUGCGAUUUAGUGUUGCACUGUCGUUGUGUACCGGUGGUGGAGGACAUCUGUUAGUGCUGCAGUUGUGGCGUUUCUUAAAAAAAAAAAGGUAAUCCGGCACUAUAUAUUUUAUCUCCGUGCACCUACCCAUCAUCAACUAACUACUUAGACGUGCUGAACAAUUAUACAUCUGCUGCUGCCGCACUGUAUAGCGUCGCACGCGUUGUGUUUCUUCGUGAUCCUUCGCGUUUUCUAUUUUGUGAGCCUAACAUCGAACAUAUCGAACCGUUUAAAGUUUAAAGCCGUACACUGAGUCCGUGACAAUGUCCGACAAACAGAUCUAUUAUUCGGACAAAUACUACGACGACAAGUACGAAUACAGACAUGUAGUGUUGCCUAAAGAGAUGGCAAAAAGCAUACCAAAAACACAUCUACUUUCUGAAGACGAAUGGAGAUCGAUUGGAGUACAACAGAGCAAGGGAUGGGUACAUUAUAUGAUUCACGAACCAGAACCACACAUUUUAUUAUUCAAAAGACCGCGAACCAACUGAACUUUCUACAUACCUAAAACUGUUGAAUGUCUUAUUGAAUAAUGUAAAGAAGGUAGGGGAUGGAAAAUUUAGUAUUUAAGUAUUAUAAUGUUCUGUUGUAUAUAUAAAUCAACGAAAAAUGUUGAAAAGUUUCAAC